AUGAAGUCCAAUUUGAAAAGUACCCUUUACAUCAUUUUUUUAUAUUGGUAUGUGCACAUCAAAGAUGAGCAAAAGUGGGUGACUGUAAAUGCUGAAACGCCCAACUUGAGAAACGGAUGGUCAAUAAAAAAUGGCGACAUACACAAUGGGGAAAAUAAUUUAAAUCGAAAAUAUGCUGAUUAUCUGAAUGAUACAGUUGAGGGGAAUUCCAAAAUGGAUGCAAUAGAGGAAGGACUAUCGGGACAAUCUGAAGAUGCAAUAGUUAAGGCACAACAAGAAGAUGGAGAAGUUGAGGGACAACAAGAUGAAGCUGCUUUGCAAUCAGAAGAUGAAAAAGAGGCAGAAAACGCAGCAGAAGAAGCACAAAAGUUUGCAACACAAGCCCAAGGAGCAGCAGAACAGGCAGCACAAGCAGCUCAAGCUGCUCAAGAUGAAGCAAAGAAAAUAACAGAAAACACAGAAAAAAUAGAAGAAGCCGUGAAACAAGCUACAGAUGCAAAAGAGGAAGCAGAGAAUGAAUCUCGUGAAGCGAACAAUGCAAAAGAAGAAGCAGAUGCAGCUGCAAGAAAAGCAAAAGAGAAUAAAGAAGACGCAGUAAAUCAAAAAAAAAUAGCACAAGCAGCUCUGGAAAGAGCCAAAACAGCAGCAACUAAGGCUCAAACAGCAAAGGGAAAAGCGGAGAAAGCAUUAGAAACAACAAAGGCAGAAGUUGCAAAAGAAUUAGCAGCAAAAGAGGCACGAGAAGCAGAAAAAACACGAGCAGUAGAAGAAGCACAACAGAUUGCAAAACAAGCCGAAGAACAAUUAAAAACAGCAACAAAAGCCACACAAGAAGCAGCACAAGCAGCUCAAGCUGCUCAAGAUGAAGCAAAGAAAAUAACAGAAAACACAGAAAAAAUAGAAGAAGCCGUGAAACAAGCUACAGAUGCAAAAGAGGAAGCAGAGAAUGAAUCUCGUGAAGCGAACAAUGCAAAAGAAGAAGCAGAUGCAGCUGCAAGAAAAGCAAAAGAGAAUAAAGAAGACGCAGUAAAUCAAAAAAAAAUAGCACAAUCAGCUCUGGAUAAAGCAACAAAUGCAGCUACAAAUGCUCAAAAAGCAAAGGAAAAAGCGGAGAUAGCAUUGGAACGAACAAAAGCAGAAGUAUCAAAAGAAUUAGCAAAAAAAGAGGUACUGGAAGCAGAAGCAGCACAAAAGGAAGCAAAAGAUAUAAGCGAUAAAAUGACGAUUGCAAACAAACCUGUAAACAAGGCAAACUUAGCAAGUAAGCGAGCAGAAGAAGCAUUAGAAAAAGCAAAAAAACACGUUGCUACAGCAGAAAGCGCAACCGAAGAAGCAAAAGGGGCAAACGCAGUAGAAAAAGCAAAAGAAGCAUCCACAAAGGCCAAGGAAGCGGAAAAAAAUGCGAAGAAUGAAAGAAUAAAAGCACAACUAGCAGCCGAAGUAGCAAAAGCAGAAGCAGUAAAAGAUGAAGCAGAAAAAGAAUCGAAAGCAGCAAUGGAUGCACGUCGACAAGCAGAAGCUGUAAAAACGGCAAAUGGUGCCGAAAAUGCAAAGAAAAAGGCUGAAAUAGAAGCAGGAAAGGCAAAAGGACACCUAAAAAAAGCAGAAGAAUUAGCAAAGGAAGUAAGUUCAGCAGAGUACGAAGUAACAGAGGAUUCAGUAACUAAGGCAAAAAAGAAAGUUUCAGAAGCACAAGAAGAGGCGAAAGCAGCAAAAAGUGCAAAAGAACUAGCGGUAAAGGCAGCAGAAGUAGCAACGCAUAUAUUAAAUGCAGAAAAUGCAAAGAAAGAAGCACAACAAGCAAAACAAGCUGCACUACAGGCAAAAACAGAUGCUAAAAAAUACGCAGAUCAAUCUAAUGCUGAAAAAGCAAAAGAAGCAGCAACUAAAGCAGAAGCGGCAGCGACUAUAGCAACCGAUAAAGCUAAGGAAGCGGAAAAUGAAGCCGAAGCUGCAGUAGCAGAAGCAAAAGUAGAUCCAGAACAAAUACCCAAAAAAGAAGAAGAGGUAAAGAAAAAGGCAACCCAAGCAGCAGUAUUUUCAGAAGAUGCUAAGAAAGCAAAAAAUGAAGCAUUAAUAGAAGCAGAAGUAGCAAAGGCAGAAGCAGCAAAAGAGGAAGCUAAGAAGGCGCAUAUCGCAGCCGGUAAAGCAAAAGAAGAAGCAGAAAAGGCUGCGCAAACGGCACAAUUAAGUGAAGUAACUGAUGCAAAAAGCAAAGCAGAAAGUAUGACCACUCUAGCAAAGGAAAAAGCAGAUACAGCGGAAAAAGAAGCAAACGAAACAAAUGAAAGUGCAAAAAGUAUACAAAAUGAAGCAAAAACAGAAAAACCAGAAGAUAUAACCAAAAAAAUAGAGGAUCUUAAAGGAAAAGCAGAAAAGGUCUCAAAUUCAGCAAAGGAAGCCAAGAAGGCUCAAACAAAAGCAGAGCUUGCAGCGGCUGUAGCCAAAGCAGCGGUGGCAAAGGACGAGGCGAAAAAAGCGCAAGACGCGGCUGAUGAUGCAAAAAAUAAAGCGGACGAAGCAGCAAAAUCGGUGGAAUCAAAAGCAAAAGGUGAAGCAGCAAGCGCAGCGGCGAAAGCAAAGGAAAAUGCCACGGUAGCAGCAAGUGCUGCAAAUGAAGUGUCAUCAAAAACGAAAGAGGCAGAAGAAGAGAUAGAAAAAAAUUGGGGUGACGAAAAGAAAAAGGAAGAAAUAACCUCUAAAGUGAACCAUGUGAAGCAAGAGACAUCAAAAUCAAUUAACGCAGCAGAAGGCGCGAAGAGGGCAAAAGAAGUAGCAGAAUUAGCAUUAAAGGUUGUAAGUGCAGAAGUGGAAAAUGAUAAAGCAAAAAAGGCAGUCACAACAGCGGAAGCAGCAAAAGAUGAGGCAAAAAAGGCAGUCGAAUCAGCGGAGAAAUCAAAAGGGGAAGCAGAAUCAGCGGUGGAAGACGCGGAAACGGCGAAGGAAGAAGAAAAGGAAGUAGAAAAAAAAGCACAAGAGGCAUCGGAAAACGCAAAUGAAGCACAAGCACAAUUAAAAAUAGCAGAAGAGGAAUUAAAGAAAGCGAAAGAAGCAGACAAUGAGGAAAAACUCCAAAGCGCAAAAACGAAAGCCCUUGAAGCGGUAGAUGAAGCAGUUAAGAAAGGACAGGCAGCGGAAGCUGCAGCUAACGAGGCAAAAAAUAAAGCAGCGAAAGCGACACAAUCUGCGGAAAAGGCACAAAAAGCAGCAGCAGAAUCAGCCUUAAAGAAAAAACUUAAUGUUCUAGAAAUUGUGAAAAAAUACUCCAAAGAAAGCUACAAUACAGUCGACAGUGACGAACAUGUGCUAAACGAGGUUGAGGAACAGGCAAGUGAAGAGAAGGAGGAAGAGGAGGAGGAAGAAGAAGCAGAGCAUUCAGUAUCGAAUGAAGUAGAAAUAGAGGAUGAUGAAGAGGAAGAAGAGGAGGAGGAAGAAGAAGGAGAGGAAACAAACACAGAAGGAGAAAAAAGCGAAGAUAACUCUCCCCAUAGUGACACUGAGCCUCAAGAACAAAAUCAAAGUGUGAAACCCCCGGAACAGAGUGAAAAAACAUUAAAUGACAGCAACACCCAAGCGCUCCUCUCAGACAACUAUAAAAAUGUUGCGAACUUUAAAAAAAUGGCUGACGAUUUGACCAAAAAUAUAAUUAGCACAAUCGACGGGGACACCGGGGUCAUAGACACGCUGAAGGAUUUCGCUGAAGACCUGAAUCAGUUCAUUUUUAGCAUGUAA